AUGGCUCCGAGGGCAAGAAGGCCGGGGCCCGAGCUGGCCGGCGGUGCCCCCGGCCUGGGUCCUGAACCCUCUGGAAAGGGAGGCGAGGGGGCCCGCGGGCCCGGGGGCCCGGCCCCGGGUCGCCCAGCGCCCCGCGCGAGCUCCGCGGACGGUGAGCCCGAUCUGCUCGCUCCGCGAGGGCACAGGACGCCGGGCUGGCCUUUCCGCCGGGCGGGUGGCCAGCUCCCGGGCUCCGAAUCGAGUCACCGCCACAGGCCACCCAGCGGGGCUCCCGCCCCUCCUACCGCCCCGGACCGACGCACGCUACUCUGGACCACACCCGGAAGACCGCUCCAGUGUCUCAGGAAUUGUGCCUUCCGAGCCUCAUCCCGGAGCAGGCUUCGGGCCUCACGAAACUACACUUCCCAGAGAGGACCGCGGCUGUCUCUCUGCCACUACAACUCCCAGCCUGCCCCGCGGCCACGCCGCAUAGCGCUAACGCCAGACCUCGGGCCACAGACGACUACACUUCCCAGACGCCACCGCGGCCUCCGCUGGGACCAAUGUAACAUUUCCCUACCACUACAACUCCCAGAGAGCCCCGCGGCCACGCCUACGUCGGCAGCCGACUACACUUCCCAGAGCCCACAGCGGCCGUCCGCGAGGAAGAAUCCCUCGAGAGGCAGCAGUGAUGGCUCAGUGAUGGCAGCUGGCCUCCUACCGCCGCUGUGGGCAACUCUGAUGGCACUCCUGACCUAGCUCCAGCCCCAACCGGGACCAGUCAUUGGAGACCAAGUGGGGUUGGCGCGCUCUUUGCC